ACGCAAUAGAUUAACGACUGCAGUCUAUGUAGAGAUCUCUUCUCAAUGUUUACAUUUAGUAACGGCGUGUCUCCUGCGUUAGAACAAGCUGACAUCGCCGCAGCACCAGACGCCACCUCACCAUGAUGCUAAAUAACUCUAAAUAUGCUUAAAACGAGAAUGUAUAGCGAAAGGAGUGCCUGAAGGCCAGACAAAAUCUUCUUAUCUUCUUAACUUCACAGGGUGCAAAAUGUUUAGUGUCCCUCAAAGCUCCAAGUCUGAGUUCCUGGACAAAGCCAGGCAGGCCAGGGAGGAAAGAAAAGGAUACAAAGAGAAGGAGAAAGCAGCAACCCAGAUCCAAGCCCUGGUGAGGAAAUUCCUCUGUCGCUGCAGGCUCCAGAAGCAAAUCAGGAAAGAGGUUGAUGACUAUUUUCAAGCUUCUGAAGCGGGGACAACAAAAAGAAAUGCACUUUCACUUUUUAGAAUUGCUCGAAAAUUACUAUUCAUCUACUGCCUUGAGGAUAAGAUAAGAUUUGAGAAGCUAUGUCGCACUAUUCUGGCUAGCAUGGAGGUCGAAAAUGAGCCUAAAGUCUGGUAUGUUUCCUUGGCUCUCUCUAAAGACCUCACUAUUCCCUGGCUGAAACAGAUCAAAGAUGUGUUGUGGACUUGUUGUCAACUACUGAAAAAUCUAAAGCCUGACAUACUCCAAGACAACAAGCUGGUUACGCUCUACCUCACCAUGCUGGUGACCUUCACCGACACGUCGACGUGGCGGAUAGUCCGGGGAAAGGGUGAAGCUCUGAGACCUGCUUUGACAAGGAUUUGUGAAAAUAUCAUGGGGCAUCUGAAUCAGAAGGGAUUCUACUCAAUACUGCAGAUCCUGUUGACCAACGGCUUGGCCCGAUCCAAACCAUCUCUGUCUAAAGGCACCCUGACUGCUGUUUUCUCUUUGUCUCUGAGGCCAGUCAUUGCUGCUCACUUCUCAGAAAACCUGCUGCGUUCCUUCCUCCUCCACAUCAUGUCCGUUCCUGGCAUCGUGUCCCAUUUCACUGUCUUGACUCCAGAGUGCAUGACAUUAAUCCAGACCCAUGACCUCCUGCGGAAGUUCAUUUUGUUUCUAAGUCGGGAAGAACAGUGUCUGGACAUCUGUGUGUGUCUUGAGGGUAGCCACACACUCUGCCUACUUGGAAACCUGAUCCACUUGGGAUUCCUCAAAGAGAAAGUCUUAGAAGAAGAGGCCAACCAUUUUGUGAAGGACCUGACCGACAUGUUGUCAUACUGCCAAAGAUACGUAUCACAAAAGAAGUCCAACCUUACACACUGGCACCCUGUCCUGGGCUGGUUCUCUCAAACUGUGGACUACGGUCUGAACGAGUCGAUGCCUCUGGUCACUAAGCAGCUUCAGCACCUGUGGGGCGUAUCCGUCAUUCGAACUCUCUUCAGUGACGUCCUCUCCAAGAAGCUGGAGAGUCAGGAGUCCACCCCACCGCCACCGCAGCCGAGCACAUCUCAAAACAAUCUACCUGUUAAGAAUCUUUUCAAGAGAGCGUUUCAGAAGUCGGCUUCUGUGAGGAACAUUCUCAAACCUGUCGGAGGGAAGCGAGUCGACUCAGCUGAAGUUCAGAAAGUGUGCAGCAUCUGUGUGCUUUACCAGACCGCUCUGUCCACGCUGACGCAGAUUCGCCUCCAGAUACUCACCGGUCUGACACAUCUUGAUGACCUUUUGCCCAAACUGUGGGCUUUCAUCUGUGAGCUUGGUCCACAGGGGGGCCUCAAACUUUUCAUGGAGUGUCUGAACAACGACACAGAGGAGUCCAAACAGCUCUUGGCUAUGCUAAUGCUGUUCUGUGACUGCUCACGUCAUCUUAUUACAAUUUUGGAUGACAUUGAAGUGUAUGAGGAGCAAACAUCCUUCAAGAUAGAGGAACUCAUCACUAUCUCCUCUUUUCUGAACACGUUUGUGUUCAAGAUGAUUUGGGACGGCAUCUUAGAAAAUGCAAAGGGAGAAAAACUGGAGCUCUUUCACAGCGUUCAUGGUUGGCUGAUGGUCCUGUAUGAACGGGACUGCAGACGCAGGUUCACCCCUGAUGACCACUGGCUUCGCAAGGAUCUGAAGCCGAGCUUGUUGUUCCAAGAGCUGGAGAAAGGAAAAAAACGAGCCCAGCUUCUACUGCAGUACAUCCCCCAUGUUAUCCCACAUAAAAAUAGAGUGCUGCUGUUCAGAAACAUCGUCACAAAGGAAAAAGAAAGUUUAGGGUUGGUAGAAACCAGCUCUGCUUCUCCUCACGUCACCCAUAUUACAAUUCGCCGCUCACGGAUGCUGGAGGACGGAUACGACCAGCUCCGCAGGUUACCGGUGAACUCCAUAAAAGGCGUCAUCCGUGUGAAGUUUGUUAACGACCUUGGAGUCGACGAGGCUGGAAUCGAUCAGGAUGGGGUCUUCAAAGAGUUUCUAGAGGAGAUCAUUAAGAAAGUUUUCAAUCCUGCCCUCAACCUGUUCAAGACUACAAGUGGAAAUGAAAGGUUGUAUCCCUCACCCACUUCCUACAUCCAUGAGAAUCAUCUGCAGCUCUUUGAGUUUGUUGGGAAGAUGCUCGGUAAAGCUGUUUAUGAGGGCAUUGUUGUCGAUGUUCCUUUUGCCUCGUUCUUCCUCAGUCAAGUUCUGGGACACCACCACAGCUCUUUCUACAGCUCCAUAGAUGAGCUUCCCUCCCUGGACUCUGAGUUUUACAAAAACCUCACCUCCAUUAAGCGCUAUGAUGGAGAUGUGGGAGAUCUAGGGCUGACAUUGUCCUAUGACGAGGAUGUUAUGGGGCAGCUUGUCUGUCAUGAGUUAAUACCUGGAGGAAAAACAAUGCCAGUCACCAAUGAAAACAAGAUCAGCUACAUCCACCUGAUGGCUCACUUCCGGAUGCACACGCAGAUUAAAGAGCAAACGGCUGCUUUCAUCCGGGGUUUCCGCAGCAUCAUUAAUCCAGAGUGGCUGCACAUGUUUUCCACACCUGAGGUUCAGCGGCUUAUCGCGGGGGAUAAUGCUGAGAUUGAUCUAGAUGACCUCAAGAAACACACUGUCUACUAUGGAGGUUUCCACAGCAGCCACCGUGUCAUCAUCUGGCUGUGGGACAUCCUGUCCAGUGACUUUAAUGCUGAAGAGAGGGCUAUGUUUCUUAAAUUUGUUACCAGCUGCUCAAGGCCACCUCUUCUAGGUUUUGCUUACCUAAAACCACCUUUCUCCAUCCGUUGUGUGGAAGUCUCAGAUGAUCAGGACACAGGAGACACCCUCGGCAGUGUCCUCAGGGGCUUCUUCACGAUCCGAAAGAAGGAGCCCGGUGGUCGACUUCCCACUUCGUCUACGUGUUUCAACCUCCUCAAGCUGCCCAACUACAGCAAGAAGAGCAUCCUGCGUGACAAACUGCGUUAUGCCAUCAGUAUGAAUACAGGCUUCGAGCUCUCCUAGGUCUGCGUUGGAGAUGGAUGGAUGUGUUAAACAACGUGAACUGAGCGGCAGGCUCAGGUUAUCUGACACAUUAACGAGCCAUCAGCUAAAGUGGGGAGGAGGUUGAUGGAAGAUAGGAUCUCUUUAUGGCCUCUAUAUCGACUGGUUGAGCAUCGAGAGAGCAGUAUUUGCUCUGUCUCUCUUUCAAGUGGAAGCUGCUCCUGCAUCACAGUGAAUUUUUAACAUCUGCUAAAGAGAGAUUUUUCAUAUAUUUAACAUGAUAACACGCAACUAUAACGUGGUUUGAUCUCAGUUUCUCAGGCUUAACAGAAUCAUUCUUGGAUCCAAGGCCACUGUUUUCAGACUGGAAACUGGAAAGCAAUACAGACGCAAUGCAAGCCAUUAGACACGACGUCUUACUCACACGAGUAAAACUGAACAACCAAUCACUUUUGAGUCUGAUGAGUCCUGAAACGUCUUUUUUUUAAAAAAAAGCAUUUUUUGUAAGUGUGAGACAAAUCUGUGUCUUGUGUUGAACCUCCAAGAAAAAGAAGAAAUCGCUCAAAGUUGUGACUCAGCAUUAAUUACCUAAUGUCCCAUCUAAAGCGUUUAACCUUACAAAAAGGAAACGCAUUGACCCAUGGAGCCCCUUGUGUUCACUGUAUGUCUGAGAGCCAAACAUCACCCUCACUUAAUGCUGUUAUUUAAUAUAAAGAUGUCCUUCCUGUAGCAUUGGUUACCUUUAAGAGAAGAAAACGAACUGGGAACGAUUUGUCGGUAUUUUUACCUGCAGGGUAGAGCAGACAAAGCUGUCCUAUAUGCUAAAUCUCUUCUUAACUUCCACUUUUAAAGUCAUGAAGUGAAUCAGUCUACUAUGUAUUUUAUACCAGAAAACAAUGUUCACUCCACCUCAUGAUAAUGCUGAGUGCCUCAUGUGUCACCACUGCCCCAUGGUAGCACAUGCUCAAUUGUGCUUCAGCUCUAACCAACUACCACGUAUUGGAAGAAAAGCCAUAGAUAUUGGGGCUGUGGACCUGGACUAUUUUCUCUAAACGAGACAGAGCGCUAACUAAAACAACCACGGAGGCUUUUUAACCUCUCUGAUAUCUGUGGACUUUUUCUUUAAGCCAUGUGGAACAGCGCUCGCUGUCUGAAGAAAUUUUUAAAGGAUGUCCCCGACUGACUCGUCAUCCAAAUACAGCUACUCGAUUGGAUGACUUUCCUUUGAAAAUGUUGCACUGGGUUUUGUGGGGACAUGAAGUUAAAUGUGACCAUAUAAACCUGAAUAUUCAUUUAAACAGGGUUUUUUUACUUUAAGCCGGUUACAAAAGGGACUGUUUGUGGUCAUGUAACAAGAGAAAAGACAAACCUUUACUCAAAGAGUUGGAAAGAGAAGGAAAAUUGAAAAUCUUCAUCAAGAUCUUUAAUAUGCAAAGAAAUGUUUUCUUGUUAUGAAUGAGAAUGGUUUCUAACUAUCUAAUCUAUGACCACUAACUUGUGUUUCAACAUCAAACGUGUACAGUGCUGGUGGAAAGUUUACGCACACUCAUCAUUAUCAUCAACAUCCUUUAUUUUGGGCUUUCAAAGGACACAUUUGAACUGUUCUCUAUUUUUUUACAGUGGAAUGAUCAUACAACCCAAAGCUUCACCGAUUUAAAAAAAAAAUAGAACUGAGUGCAGAGGUUUGAAUUUGUUUUGUUUUGUCUUUGGAUAAAAAAUAUACAAACAGCAUCAAAUACAUGUGUACACCCCCACUGAUUGGUUAAAUGUCCAUCAGCAAGUUGCAGAGAAAUCCGAUGCUUUCUGUAGCCUUCGGCUAGCUUCUGGUGUAAUUCUGGAUGGGUAUUUAAAGACUCGUCUUAGCAGAAAUGGUAGAGCACGGUCUCUGACUGUAAUAAUACUCUGCGAAUUUGCAGUAGGGUUGACACUGCUCCAUGAUAUUAACGUUAGCCCACUUUAUCUAUGGUCUGUGUAGGACUCUGACCUUGGUUUCCUGUUACUACCCCAUCUAUGUUUGGGAUCAUCCUGUUGGAACACCCACUUUUGUCCAAGCUUUAAACAUCUAGCUCUUUAUUUGAGAUAAACUGAAGAAUCUGGAGGUGAUCUUUCUUCAUUAUCUCAUCUGCUUUGUUCAGUAGCUCUACUACUGGCGGCAAAACAGCCCCGAUCAUGAUGCUACCACCACCAUGCGCUGUUACAUUGCUGCAGGUUUGAAAGCCUCUCCUUCACUCCUCCAAACAAUCCUCUUGUCUUUGGGGUCAAAAAGCUUCAUCAUCAUCUUGUAUGAUGAUAAAACGUUGGUUGGCAUCCUCUCAGUCCUUUGCAAUGUAAAACUCUCCACUGUGGACAGUGGCACUGCUGUUCCAGGCUUGUGUCUAGAAGGUUCCUGGGUUGUUUAUUGAAAACUGUACGAGAAGCUCGUUGAAGGCAGUCUCUGCAACUUGCAGGGAGGUAUUUACCAAAUAUCUGUGGGGUGUAUGUUAAUAUUUGAGCCUGUUAUUUGAUCUUCUGUAAACUAGAAAAAAAAGGGGCAAUUUUAUCCUGAAAAAUAACAGUUGAAAUGCUUCUUGUUAAAGCCCCAAACGAGUGUGAAAUUCAUGCCCAUAAUGAGUGUAACUAAACUCUCAGGCACAGUGAGGAAUUUGCAUCCUUUCUACUAACGAGAUUUUUAAAUUAAGCAAACUAGUGGGGGACCCAUACGUCAGUUCAAUGCCUUUUUUAAUCUCUAUAAGAACUGGAAAUGCUUCUAAUUAUUCGAUACACUACAUUGAGGAUGUGAUGUUUUGUCUCCCUUCGAGCUCCCCCGUGUGUGCUUUUUUUUUUUUUUUUUUAAUGAUGUCAAGAGCAGGAUAGAUUUUAAACGUUUCAUUGAACUAACACUGACUUUGAAAAACCAUCCACUCUUCUAGUAUGAGAAAUAAUAAUAAGCAAGCUAAAAUCCUUCCCCACUCUCCUGUCAAAACGUAUAAUCUUCAUGUCUUCAAAGCCGACUGCACAAUAGUGUUGAGUGUUUUUUGUUUCGACAGGCUUGUCUACAUGUAAAAUACUUUUUUUUAAAAUCCUGUAUUGUUGAAUUGAGUAUUAUAUAAACCAUUUAAAUCCUG